AUUGUGAAUUCGUGAUGCACAGAUUGAAUGUCAGAAUCUUCCGUUUCCAUUUGAAACGGUUUGGUAAUAACAUUCACAGCUAUGCUGAUCGAACGAAACUUCACUCGAAUCUGGUGUUGGGAGAUUUGUCUAAGUCCGGUCGGGUCAACGAAGCCCGCCAACUGUUCGAUAAAAUGCCUGAGAGGGAUGAGUUUACCUGGAACACUAUGAUCGUUGCUUACUCCAAGUCAGGGAGACUUUCUGAUGCAGAACAUCUUUUUCGUAGUAACCCAGUGAAGAAUACAAUCUCAUGGAACGCUCUGAUUUCUGGGUACUGCAACCAUGGACCUGAAGAUGAAGCUUUCCGUUUGUUCUGGGAAAUGCAGUUUGAGGGGAUUAAACCUAACGAGUACACUCUGGGGAGUGUUCUUAGGCUUUGUACUUCGCUUGCUUUGCUUCUGAGAGGUGAAGAGAUUCAUGGGCAUACACUCAAAACUGGGUUUGAUUUGGAUGUUAAUGUGGUGAAUGGCCUUCUCGCUAUGUAUGCACAAUGCAAACGCAUCUCUGAAGCUGAAUUCCUCUUUGGGACUAUGUCAGGUGAGAAAAAUAAUGUUACAUGGACUUCAAUGCUCACUGGUUACUCUCAAAAUGGAUUUGCUUUCAAGGCAAUCGAGUGUUUCAGGGAUUUGAGGAGAGAUGGAAGUCAAUCGAAUCAAUUUACAUUUCCUAGUGUUUUGACUGCUUGUGCCUCGGUUUCUUCUCGCAGGGUAGGAGUCCAGGUACAUGGUUGCAUAGUUAAGAGUGGUUUCAACACCAAUAUCUAUGUCCAGAGCGCAUUGAUUGAUAUGUAUGUUAAAUGCAGAGACUUGGAAACGGCAAGAGCUUUGUUAGAAGAAAUAAAGAUAGCUUCUUCCGCACAUUGUCUGAUUGUGAAAACCGGGUAUGGGACUCACAAACUUGUGAACAACGCUCUUGUGGACAUGUAUGCUAAAAGAGGAAUUAUAGAUUCGGCGUUGAAAGUUUUUGAAGGGAUGAUUGAGAAGGAUGUGAUAUCUUGGACGGCUCUGGUCACAGGCAAUACACAUAACGGAUCUUAUGAAGAAGCAGUGAAGUUGUUCUGUAACAUGAGAGUUGGAGGCAUUUCUCCUGAUCAGAUUGUUACGGCGAGUGUAUUAAGUGCCUCGGCAGAGUUGACUCUUCUGGAGUUUGGGCAACAGGUACAUGGGAAUUAUAUUAAAUCUGGUUUUCCAUCAUCAUUGUCAGUAAAUAACUCUCUUGUGACAAUGUACACGAAGUGCGGAAGCUUAGAAGAUGCCAAUGUUAUAUUCAACUCUAUGGAAAUUAGAGAUUUGAUAACAUGGACUGCUCUAAUUGUGGGUUACGCAAAAAACGGCAAAGCCAAGGACUCCCUAAAGUCAUACUAUCUAAUGAUAGGCAGUGGCAUAACACCAGAUUACAUUACCUUUAUCGGGUUACUAUUUGCUUGUAGUCAUGCGGGUCUCAUAGAAGAAGCUCAAAGCUACUUUGAUUCGAUGAGAACAGUUUAUGGAAUCAGACCAGGACCUGAACACUAUGCCUGCAUGAUUGAUCUCUUUGGUAGAUCUGGUGAUUUCGUUAAAGUAGAGGAAUUAUUGAAUCAAAUGGAGGUUGAACCUGAUGCAACUGUAUGGAAAGCGAUAUUGGCUGCAAGUAGGAAGCACGGGAAUAUUGAGAACGGAGAAAGAGCAGCAAAAACUCUCAUGCAAUUGGAACCAAACAAUGCUGUUCCAUAUGUUCUGUUAUCAAACAUGUAUUCUGCAGUGGGAAGACAAGACGAAGCUGCAAAUUUACGUAGAUUGAUGAAAUCUCGUAGUAUAAGCAAAGAGCCUGGUUGCAGUUGGGUUGAAGAGAAAGGUAAAGUUCAUAGCUUUAUGUCUGAAGAUAGACGACAUCCGAGAAUGGUUGAGAUAUAUUCCAAGGUUGAUGAAAUGAUGCUUUUGAUUAAAGAGGCUGGUUAUAUAGCGGAUAUGAGUUUUGCCCUCCAUGACUUGGAUAAGGAAGGCAAAGAGCUUGGUUUGGCUUACCAUAGUGAGAAGUUAGCUGUAGCGUUUGGUCUACUUGUUGUACCAUCUGGAGCUCCAAUCCGGAUCAUCAAAAACCUUCGUGUCUGUGGGGACUGCCACAAUGCUAUGAAGUACAUAUCGAAAGUAUAUAUUCGGCAUAUCAUCUUAAGAGAUUCUAACUGCUUUCAUCACUUUAGAGAUGGAAACUGUUCUUGCGGAGACUAUUGGUAACAUUUUGCAUUAGAAGAAAA